UAAGGGACCUGGAAAUAUAUAAAUAAACAAAUAAGUAAAUGAAAAUUAUACAGACUACAAUAUUAAUUCCAACAAGUAUCAAUCGAGUGCUGAACACUUGGUACGAGCGCAAACAGAAUCCUCUUAACCAGGUAAUCUCUGCACCCAUCUGCUGUUACUGUCAUCUACCACAUCCAGCCUGCAGCAAUAUGCCAUUUCCCCGCUAGCCCCUGUCAACCAGCACGAGUUAAGACCAUGUUGCUGUCACCUCAGGCAGAGAGGAACUGGGAGGAUCUGUGUUCAGUACUCGAAGAUGUGCUGGAAGACCAGUCCCACAGGCAGCUGUUCGCCUUAGAACUGGGCUCUGGAACCGGGCAGCAUGUCAUACGCUUUGCCCAGAAGAUGCCCUUUGUCACCUGGCAGCCAUCAGACAUCAAAGAGGAGUCUCGGGACAGUAUUAAGGCAUACAUUGCUGCAAUCAAUGCAAAGACUGUGCUGCAACCUGUUCACCUGGAUGCCAGUGAACCGUGGGAGAAAUGGGCAGGCCUUCCUCGCAGCUCCUGUGAUGUUAUUAUUGCCAUUAACUUACUGCAGUACAGCUCCUUUAAAACAGCACAGGGUGUUUUCAAUGGAGCAGGUCAGAUCCUCAGACCAAACGGCGUUUUGAUAACAUAUGGGGUGUAUGCUAUUAACGGCACCAUUACACCAAGCUGCAAUGAACUGCUGGAUGCAGAACUUCGGGAAAUAAAUCCAGAGUGGGGCCUUCCAGACAUCGAUGUGCUCAGACAGCUGGCCUAUGGGAACGGGAUGCGUAUGGAGAGGAUGAUUGAGAUGGAAGAAUACUACAAAUGCCUCAUCUUCAGAAAACUUUAAAGAAGCCAAACCGCACAAAGGAGAAAAGCAAACUUUCUUUUUUUGUACACUGUAAUGCACAAUUCUAAGUCAUGUGUUAAAGCACAUUUCAUCAUUUUACUCAAGCCUUUACACUUAUAAAAGACCAUUUAAAACCCAUAUUUAUACUGAAACAUGAAUAAAUGUGACACUAAUAAAGGCUGUCAUACUA